GCAAGGAAAGCGGCUUGGGAGCAGGUGAUGCAUGUGGAUGGAUGGGUAGAUGGAUGGAUGGAUGGGUGAAUUGAUGCCCUUUCCGUCCUGUUGGAAUCGUCACAAUGAUUCCGCCGUAUGAGGUCGGCAGGGCAUCGGAUGCGACGUAGUUAUGGAUGCCUCGGCGGCAGAGGAUCAUAUGUCGGCCCAGACCACACCAUCGGGCACCAUGAUUAGCAAGGUAAGUCAGAGAGAUCUGCCGGAAUAUAACCGAUAAGUGACAACAGGUUUGCUGCCGUGCUGUGUGUGUUUUCGUUUGAUGCAGUUGUGUACCGACGCUAGUUUGUUGCGCGAGGGGCUCCAGCGGCUGCAGACGGACGCACAGCGGAGCUGCGAGACGUACCAGCGAGAUGGCGGUGGGGUGGCCGAGGCGUCGCUCUCCUAUGCGGUGUCACAAGUGUCCGUUGCUGAGGCUGCCGUGGCUGGUGCAAUGGACUCCCUCACAGCAAUGGCGGCCAUGGCCCUCCCACAGCCAAUGGACGACGUCAGUGCGUCCGCUGCUGCUGCUGCUGCUGCUGCUGCUGUGGCCAUCGAAGUGCCGCCCGAAGAGCCCGAUGCUGAGGUCCGGAGGACUCAAGAGGGAUGGGUGCGGGGUGGCAUCUGUUCAUUUCUGUGCUGUUGCUGUGUUGCUGGCUGGUGCAGAGUAGUGCUGUGGUAGAGGAGGAGGAGGGCGCCCCGACGCCAUCGUUUCGCCUGGUCCACACGUCGGGGAAACCGCCGCCGAACAGUGGACCGGUAAAAGCAAGACAACAAAGACCGCCCAUACGUGCACGACCCUGUCGACCUCUGUGUGUGAAUGUGUGUCUUGUACAGCCGUCCCUUCGCCUCUCCCCCGAUGAGCUGGCGUGUGUGUUCGGCUUCUACCAGCCCUCAGAGCUGACGCGCGUCGCCACCACGAUCGGCAAGACGGUCUUCGGCUGGGCGGCCAAGCGAUACACCCAUCUGACCAUCGACGGCUCGGACAAGGGCGGCGUGCGCCAGCAGUGGGAGCGAAUGCCCCUGGAGGUGGCACACCGGUGGGGCCAGCGGGCGGCCAACAUCGCCCACCUGCACGUCAUCUACAAGAACCAAGCCAGCCGCUGGUGUCGUGGGACCUGGGUGGCGCUGAUCGAGGGGAAUGCCGAGGCCAGGAAGGCCAUGAGGGCGAAGAGGAAGGAGAGGCAGGGCGGGGCAGCAGCAGCAGCGGCAGCAGCCAGAGGGCAGGACCUGCCAUCCGCGGCGUCGUCCAUCAAGGUCCUCAGCUUCGAGGAGGACAUCGACGACGAGCCGCACCACUACGACGAUCAAACUCUACCGGUGGACCCCCUGCCCCUGUCCCCCCCGCCCGUCGACCUGUCGGCCCUCGAGGAGGUGCAUAACAUGCCAUACGGAUGUGCGGCCGUGCGCAAGGGCCGUCGCGUGUGGCAGACGCCGUCGGUGCGGGCCAUGACCUUCAAGGAGGACGACGGUUAUUCGAGCGACGCGGCGGGAUGGAUGACGUCAUGCGAGCAUCUGGAGACAUUCGACGAUGGCGGCCCGACAGCCCGCUCCAAGCUGAGGCUGCUGUGCAUGCCGCCACUGGGGAGCUCCCUCGCCCGCCUGCGAUCCAUCGGCCCCCUCAAGCUGCGGAGUGAUGAGGCUGUGCAGACAGUGGACAACCUCCGGCAGGCCUUUGUGGAGCGGGGAUGUCACAAGUCCCUUCGCGAGCUGCCCAUUGAGGCCACCGAGAUCACGGCGGAGCACAAGGGGCUGCUGCAGGAGGUGGCCCUGCUGUCGGAGGCAAUGCUGCAGCCGGAGGCCCUCAGCCAGCCGCAGGUUGUCAAGAAGGCAGACAAUCUCGAGAUGGAGCUGGAACUCAUCGAAUGGAUGGCCAAUGAAAGACCUCAGGUAGACAAGACACCACGGGCGGCUGCGCCUCAACACAUUCAGACGCAGUUGUCCCCAAUGCGGUCUGUCUGUGUGCCUGCAGGUGCAGAAGCUCGUUCGUGAGUUUGCCGCUGUCACCGAUGUGGUCUUCUACAAGAACGAGCUCACCGACCCCAACGCCGCCGCACACGCGGCCGCAUAUUUCCCCCGCGCCACCACAUUCCGCUGCACGGCGGGAGAGCUGCCGCCACGGGUGCGGAGCGGCCUGGCCAAGACGGUCGCCAACAUGCCCCGGUGCAGCACCAUCGGCUUCGUGGAUAAUCUCGAGGCGCACCAGGACGCGCCGAAGAAUUCUGUGGCCUUCCUGGAGUCAGUCAAGAGGCACAUGGCCACAGGGAAGGGGCCGGGGGCCGGGGAGGGGGGCGAUAGCAACGAGGGCGAGACGGAGAGGAGCCUAUCAGUGAACAUUGAGGUGUCGGCGAAAGGCAUCUUGGACCACAGCCGGCCGCUGCAGAAGUGGGCGAGCCACGACCUGCCGGCCAUCGACGAGGUCAACGUCUAUGUGAUGGGUAAGCAGUGCCACACGAGGUAGACAGCCCACCUGAGCAGCUCACACAUCACGAGUAUGUGUGUCGCUGCUGUGUGCAGACGGGCUAGAAGAGGACGACUCGAUGGUGGCCUUGUACGGCUCGAUGAUGGCGUCGCUCGUCGGCAUCAUUUCGCGACCCGGUGUGAGCGAGGCGUCCAUUGUCUUCCUGAGUCUCCACGUCCUUGGCCAUAUGAGGCGGCUGUUCCAGUCGCAGCUCGCAUGGUUCAACCUGCUGGACACAGCAUACAGCGUCACCAUGGAGGACGACACCAUCACCGUCGAGACGCGCACGUAGACGAUACCACAGCUGGUGAGAGGGAACGGAGAGGCCGGACAGAGAGGGCACGUGUGUGCAUCUACUUGGUCGCCUGUUGUGUGUGUUUGUGUGUGCGGUGUCAGGUAGCCGUAGACAUCGGCAGCCUGACUGCUGUUGGAUGAAGUAUUGGUGGCUGCGGGCGGGGCGGAUCUCUGUCGUUGAUUGUGGAUAGACACUAAAGGAUAAAUGGAUGGACGGAUGGAUGGGCAUAUGUGUUGCGUGAAGCGGUUGUCAAUGACUGUGUGAGACCGACUGCUGGAAUACCAUGAAUCCGUGUGUAUACAUAGGCCUAUGUGGGUCGCAUGGGCAGAUGUGUGUGAGUGCAGCGGUUGUCAAUGACUGUGUGAGACCGACUACUGGAGUAACAUCAAUCCGUG